UAUGAUGUCAGGGCCGGUGAAAAUGUUCUUGCUGUCGUGAAGGCGAUACUUGCAAGCCCUUACCUCGUUCAAGCGGCAACAUUUGACGAGGCGAACAAAUGGGUUUUCUACGAUGUGGUUGGUCUGUUCACCAUUUUCUACACAAUUACCGUAGGGCAACUUAUUAAUUAUGGCGCCUGCGCUUUGGUAGCUGCUUUGGUUGUUUUUCGGAUUCGGAGCGGAACUUACACUCUGAGCGAUCUCGGUCAAGCUUUCUGGCAUCAUAUUUGUGCUCUAGUCGCCAUGGCUAUAACUAUGGUAGCAAUAGUAGUGCUUGUGCUCAAAUUCGAUCUCGUUAUGUGCUGGUAUAAACUUCCUGAAAUAGUUGCUCCAUUGUAUGUGUUACCCAUGCUGAUUGUAGGAUGUACGGUACACACCUACUUUGCAGAUAAGACGAAGGUUCAUAAUAUUGAAAUGGUCCAAUACGACAGCAUAGUGAUCAGCUAUGCUGCGCUUCUGUUUGUGUUGACAUCGUACCACGUUGCGUCUGCGUUCUUCGUUUUCAACUAUGUGAUGUUCCCUCUUCUCAAGGAUCCCCUGAUUUUCGUAAUGGGUGCUAUCGGACUAGUGAAACGAGUGACUCCACGUGUUCUACUAUACACUCAGCUCUUCUGUUUCACUCCAGUUUUUGUGUUUGCCACAUAUGCGAUAAGUCAAUGCGUCGAUUUCUUCGUGCCAGUUAUGGGACGGCUUGGAAACGCUGUGAAUCCUGAGUUCAUAAUGGCACCAAUUGGAUUGGCUAUUGCAUCUAGUUUUGUCUUGUUCGUGGUGAGUGGUUGA